CUACCCCAGUGAGUGAGAGAGAGAGAGAGAGAGAGAGAGAGAGAGAGAGAGGGAGAGAGAGAGAGAGCGCAAGCUAGCUGUGUGCUUAUUGCAGGCAGGAGCUACUAUACUCUGCUCCUAGCUUACUGUCAGUAGCUCUUGGAUUCAGGCUGCUACACCCAGGAGCCCUGUCCCUUCAGCACCAUCAGCCCGAAGCUCUUGUUCGAGGGAAAACCAGCUCUACUCCUCAGAUUGGCCUGAAUCUGGCCUGACCCUUCAAGCGUGAUUUGCAGUCUGGGAAGUGAGGCACAAGAAUGGUGAAGCUGGGGAGUAAUUUGAGUGACAAGAACAGCAAACAACCUUCUGCUGAGGACGGCUUUCAGACUGUUCCUUUGAUAACACCCUUGGAAGUAAAUCACCUGCAGUUUCCUGCUCCAGAAAAGGUGAUUGUGAAGACAAGGACAGAAUACCAGCCUGACCAGAAGAAUAAAGGAAAACUCCGAGUGCCGAAAAUUGCUGAGUUUACAGUCAGUUUUACCGAUGGAGUAACAGAAAGAUUAAAGGUCACUAUUCUCGUCAGCCUGGCUCUGGCAUUUCUUGCCUGCAUUGUAUUUCUGGUGGUUUACAAGGCUUUCACCUAUGACCACAGCUGCCCAGAUGGAUUUGUUUAUAAGCAUAAGCGUUGCAUCCCAACUUCCCUGGACGCGUAUUACUCAGCACAGGAUUCCAGCUCCCGGGGCCGGUUCUACACUGUCAUAAGCCACUACAGCGUGGCCAAGCAGACCAGCUCCAGGGCCAUCGCCCCCUGGCUCUCUGCAGCAGGACCUAUAAGUCACGAAUCAAAGGCUGUGAAGGCGGAUGGCCAUUAAAGAUGCUCACCUCACCAGCGGGGGAGAAAAGGGGGAAGGGAGGGGGGAGGGGGGUAGGGACACAGGCUUGGUAAAACCUGUGCUCCAGUUACCAGACAACACUGUCCUCCCAGGGUUCCACAGAGGGAGGAGCAAGCCUAAAUGAACACACAGGAGGAGUUUGAAUUGAUAUUUACUUUGGUCCAUUGUUAUUCUCGUUGAUUUGUAACUAACUGAGUCGAGCUCUUGUACAAAGGCAUGUUUGGUGUUGAUUGUUACAAUGUAAACUAUUUUUCAAAACAUUGCUUACUAUUUGUUAGGGAAAAAAAACAAAAAACACAAAAUGAAAUAAAACCAAGUCACUCUCCCAGAACCCUGGCCCAAUCCCAGCAACACCAAGAGAGAGGGAAGGAUCUCCCCUGGUCCUGUUAAGUGAGAGAGUAUGGCCAUGGCCUGGGCAGGCUCAGGAGAAUGGAUGCAAAACCAGUUUGACCAUGUGUGGAGGGCGGGAAAGGGUUAGGGAGGCAGGGGGGAAUCUUUCAUGCCAUGUGUGUGGUAGAGGGAUCUGUAAUCUUCUGUCUGGGCCUGAAUUGGCCUGGCCUCUCACUGCUUCAUAGAAACUACAGGUGCCAGGCGGAGGUAACUUGAAAAAGCAAGCUAAGAUUGAUAGUGGAAGUGUUUUCAACCUGAGUUAGUGACCCAGGAAAGGCUCUUACCCACUUUUCCAGUUGUGGGAAGACUUUGUGGCUUGUAGCAUAAAUUUGUCUCUUCUCUGAAUGAGAUGAAGUUUUUGCCCACAAGAUACAGUCCAGAAGGUCCUUGGUUCAGAUUCUUAAACCUGGCUUCUGCCUGCAGUAUCCAUGCCACAGCAAGGCCUGAUGUGGCACACAUAUAUAGUGGGGACUGAAUACUAUUAUUGACUAGUUACUCUGCUAUGCCUCCCAUCUGCUAAUUUGUCUUAGGCAGGCCACAGGGGAGCCCACAUGACGUUGUUGUAGGAAAGAUGAGAAUAGAGUCAGGUUAGCAAGAUUGAAGUGUGGGGUAGGGCUUUUCAGUAAUCUCUGACAAGCUGUUAAGAAGGGUAUAGCAGAAGAGGCCUACAUCUGGUGAAGCUAUCAAUGCCAUUAUACUCAGCAUCUACAUAGAGAAAAUAGUAUAGUGAAACUGUCAUGCCCAAACCUAUCCGCUGAUUUUCUGUCCCUGCCAUGAUUCACCUGUAAAUUCAUCUGUCACUAGAAAUGGGAAACAAACAAAAAUGACCCCCAGCAAACUGCCGAAUAAUUUAUAAUUUUGUGGCGUAUUUUUGUCAGUAGGUAGCAAAGACUGAAGUAUUUUUUGGUGUAAUUCUUGAACUUUUCUGAGAAGAAAAAAAUAAAGAUAGAUGUGUCUGAGAGUCCUCA